AUGACGAUGGAAGUCAAAGAAGAAGACUCGAUCAUGUUAGGAGCUGAAGAAGAAAAUCAAGCCGCGGAGGGAGUUGGAGAAGAAGGUAGUGAAAAUGUCUGGGAAGCUAGGUACUCGAACGUGCGGUUCAGCAAAAACAUGACCCGCGAGGAGCUGUUGGAGAGUUUGAAACAUCUAACUGGGCCAGGAGCAGAGGAUGAGAAAAAGCGUAGAGUGAUCAAGUGGACCCAGACGGAGAAGGGUAGGAGACAAGCUGCCGAAGGCCAAGCUCGUAAUAAGGAGAAGAAGGAGAAGAAGAUUGAGAAAUUAAAAGAGAUCCAGACGCGGAGGGAAAUUAAGAUAGUAAGAGAUGCGCAGAGGGCGGCACGGAGGGAAUUAGCCGAGGCAAAACUUAGAUGGGACGCAGAACAUCCGGAAGAGGCAGGAAAGAGGAGAGAGAAUAAUAAAGGAGCGCAGAAGCGAGCAGCCAAGAAAGCAGAGAAGAGACUCCUGACAGAAUCCCAGAAUGACAGAGAGAUGGGGUUGUUGACUGCAGCAGAUAGAAACAUGGCGGGGUCGGGCGCUGCGCGUGGUGCGGGGGAUGAGUCUAUUGAGGCUGAUGCUAUGAACGAUGCAGAGGAGAUGGCUGGUGACGAUGCUGAUGUUAACAUGAUGAAGGGUUUGGAGCAUCCUGGGAAGUCAACAUUCAGUCUGGCUAUCAGAGUAAAAUAG